GACCUGAUAUAUGCUGGGGGUUAUAUAUUCCUUGCACUCUGCUGCUGCUAUCUUUGUGCAAAUAUUAACAUAUUUUACCAUUUUUAAAUAGCCUUACUCUGUUGCAAAUGUUGCUUUACAUGCUAUUUUUAAUAACUGUACAGUAAAAUUACAUCAGAAAUUCACUUAGUCCAUGAUCUCUUUGUGAGGUGAAGCACCGCUUUCCCAACAACAGAGAUAUUGAAAGUUCAGAUGUCAUGAAGCUGAUAUUCAAAAUACAACAAACUAUCUCUUACAGAUAUUUUCAUGCACUGUAUGGAAGGAGAGACAAGUUUAUUUGACAGUCUGACAUUAAAUCAGGCAAAACGUUUAAGGUCAGCUACCAAAGUCAGUAAAGUUAUUUAUUUUAAGCUUAGCUUUCUUCAAAUUCAAAGGUUUAUGUACAUGUUCUUAGUAUUUAGUAUGGUUGCAUUUUAACCUGCCAGAUUUGGGUGAAUAAUUCUGAGUAUUCUCCUUCAAGCUUCUCCGUAGUUCAGUAAACUUUCAACUAACUCAAUUUAAACGCUGUAUCCUGUUUUGAUUUUUAAUCUGCAUUUUAAGGUCUCUGAUGUUAUUUUAUUAUAUUAACUGUUAUUGUGAUUGUUUUUGACAUUUCUGUAGCCAAAAAUUAUAUUUAAGAGUAGCGCUACUUAAACAUAUUUUUACCGAAGUAGCUGUCCAAAACAAUACUCGAGUAAAAAAAGUAACUGAUCAAAUAAUUUUAUAUUUAAAAAUUAUAUAAUCAGACCAAUUUUUUGUAUUUUAAGGAGCAAAAUUAAAAUAAUUCAUAUAAAUACAUUUUUUAAAAUAAAAUAAAUGGGCAAAAUCAAAGGAUUUCUAUUAAAAACUUAUGAACAAAACCUGGAGGUCUAUGUCUGGUGAAUUUUUGGCUUCAUUCAAUGAUGUUACUCACAGUAAAUAGAUUAUCCAGAAACAUAACUCAAGUAAAAGUAGCAAUACUUUACAAUAAAAUUACUCAAGUAAAGGUAAAAAGCACAGCCUAAUGAAAAUCAACAACGCAUCUUGUUAUACACUGGACAUAAUUACUCACCUGAAAUAAUGUUUAGCUGAUUUUGAAAAUAAUUGUUACAGAGAAAAGCGGGCUAAAGUCCAAAUACAACAUUCAGCCACACUAGUAAGAGUUCAGUCAACCAUUCUUCUACAGUCCAUUCAGGAAUAAACUCUCACACUGGGUUGCUUAUUUAUGAAAACAAUUUAAGAGUAAUUUGAACAUUUGUACUCCUAAAAGUAGGCACAGUCUUAUUUAAAUACAUAAAACCCCCAAAAAAUAACAUUGUUUAUUUCCAAGUGCUUUUAAAUGUAAUCCAUCCAUCCGGAACGUCUGAUAUGAGGACAGAAACAUUAAUCAUUUCUCCAGUUGUGGUUAUCUUAAGCAUGCAAAAUGUCAAAGGCGCAGCACUAAAAUGCUGUCAUGAGGAAGUGGAGAGGAAAAGUUGAGAUAAGAGAAAUUAUGGCCAAUACCUGCUUUACCUGUAAUAGAUUAAACGUCCUCUCCACCCCCAGGACAGACAAUAUAAAGACGCUCGUUGUCUCUGACUGACACCAAACAGACCGACUGCCGCUGGACACUCAAAGCUGUGAGUACUUAUUCAUUAAUAGCACUUCUUCUUGUUUCAGACAACUUCAACUUUAUGUUUUUGUGUUUCAGAAAAAUGAGUAGAAACUACUUGUCCUAUAAUGACGAGCUUCGCAGGGGAGAUUAUCUGUUGUCCAACAACAGAGAAUGGAAGGCGGUUUUCCAGAAUGACGGAAACUUCGUCAUCUACGGCUGGAAACCGACCUGGGCCUCUGAUACCUGUGAAUCUGAUGCGGUCCGCCUGAUCAUGCAGGCAGAUUGCAACCUGGUGAUGUACAACAGCAAUGACACCCCCAGAUGGAGCACCGGCUCCUACCUGCAGGGUUCUCAUGUUUGCCGUGUUCAGCUGACUGAUGACGGCAAACUGUUGGUGUACAAAGACUCCCAUGAAAUCUGGAACUCUGCCUGUUCUAAAGGCAAAAAGUGAAGACGCAAAAUUACAAAUCUCACUAGUUUGAGCUCUCUGCAUUUAAAAUUACUCUUUCAAAGGAUCUUCUGGUGUUAGCUUAGCUGCUUGGUCCAAAAUGUUAAGGCACAACAUGUCAAAUCUGAUGCAGAAAUAUAAUAAACAUA